AUGGAGUCAAAGUUUCACGAUCUAUGGGCCGCGGGCCUUAUUCCUGCGCAUUUGAAAACUGGCCCAAUCACAAACUAUAUUGCGCCACUUGGUAAUUCGAAUUUACUAUUGGUUACUUCCGCAAUAGGCCUUGCGAUCGUCGCAAUUUUCAUUAUUCGAACCCCAGUGACAUUUCUUCAUUACACAAACAUUAUCCGAAGUAUCGACAACAAAGGCCUUCUGGAUGGACCGACAUUCUGCUAUCCAUUCGGCAACUCGAAGGAACGUUUAUUCCAAUCACGCAAGUACUCAUUCGACUGGGCACAGCAGUAUGGCAAGAUCUAUCGUAUCUGGACAGGCUUGCAUUCCGAAGUCGUGAUCACAACCCCGGAAGAUGUUGCCAAGUUUUACCAAGAUGCCAAUUCCCAUAACAAGACUUUCCACCGUCGCAGCGGAUGGGUUACCAACUCGGUGUUAGGCGAGGCUGUUGGUUUCGUCUCGGGUGAUCGGUGGAGAGUUUUCCGAAAAAUCCUCGAUCCGCUUGUGUCGAAUAGUGUUGCUGUCAAACACAUCCCGCGUAUCAACCGAGCCGGGUUGGAGUUUGUGGCUAAUAUUCCGAACGUCCGAAUAGACAAAGGUGGUGCGAACGACCCACUCAUUAUCUCCGCCGCAAGAACAUUUAUGCCUUUCCCACUUCUUGAGACAAGCCGUGUCUUUUUUGGUGAGAUGGAGGACACAGAGAAAGCCGAACUCCUCGAAAUCGGAGGAAUCUACUCCAAUGCAUUGCUUUUACUUUUUGAGAAUGGUCCAUUCCGACGCUGGCUUGGAUACUGGAUGCAUACCCCAACUGAAUACAAAGCAACAAAGAACUUUCUCAACCGUUGGGACUUAUUUAAUGGCAAUAUCGCUCAAGCAAGACAUGAUAAAAAUGAUCUGCCCAUCACUCAACUCUGGAAGCACGUGCAUCAAGGCACCAUUACCCAGAAGGAGCUGAUUCAAACCAUCACCGAGAUGACUUACACCAAUCUAGAUGUGACCUCCCAUGUUAUUACCACAACAUGUCUCUUCCUUGCCGACAAUCGUGCAACUCAGGAUGCCCUUCUGGCCGAGAUUGAGUUGCAUCGGAACGACGUCGAGAAGUACCUUGGUCGAAAGGAUACCCUCUUACAUUAUUCAUUUUUGGAGGCAAUGCGUCUGCAACCUGUUCUGCCCUUUACCUUGCCUGAGGCGUCAAUUAGCGACAAGGAGCUUGGCGGGUACCAUAUUCCCAAGCAUACCAGUGUGACUACCGACUCUUAUGGGCUUAACAUCCGGAACCCCUUCUGGGGACCCAACGCUACAGAAUAUCUGCCAAUGAGAUUCGAAACUAUAAGCCCAAUAGAGCUCAUUCGAAAUAUGAAUGCUUUUGGCUACGGUUCACGCAAGUGCCUCGGUCAGUAUUUCGCAGAUAAGCAACUACGGUCACUGGUGAUGCAUCUUUUCGACAAAUAUGAUGUGUCUUGGCACAACCGCAGCCAGACAGAUGCUGCAUUUGAUACUGACAAGAGUGCACACGUUGACGUUUUCAAUGUGGAACUGUGUUUGACUCAGAGGGCGCGCACGGAUUUCAAGGACUCCCAUGCUGGUCUCUAA